AUGAUAUCCGGAGUUCUGAUCAUCUUCGUGUCGCUUCUGGCUGUGGAACUAAUACGUCGACGAAGGAAGAAGUUACGAUUUUUCAAAGACCGUGGAAUACCCGGUCCUGAACCCCAUUUUUUAUGGGGACACUUCUUCGAGAUAAGUUCAGAUCACUUAUACUGGAUCAACGAAUGGAGCAACGAAUUCGGUGAUCCAUUCGGUGUGUUCUUGGGAGAUAAGCCUUUUCUCGUGACGCAAAACUUGGACAUCGCCCGAGAGGUUCUCAUCAAACAGUUCCCCAAGUUCACCAAUCGCGGCAGGAAAUUCGGUCUGGAGGAAAAUCAUCCGCUGAAACUGUUUGCUCUCCACGACGACCCGGUGUGGAAACACCUCAGAAGCGCUGUUUCGCCUGGAUUCUCCUCGAAGAAAAUCAGGGAAAUGACACCGCUGAUUCUGAAGAGUAUCGAGGGUUUCAGACGUAAACUGAUCACUCUCUCGGCCUCUCAAGAAGCUUUCGAUGUUUACCCGCUCCUUCAGAAACUGACCAUGGAAAACAUUGGUCGAACCAUUUUCGGUGUCGAUCUCAACACGCAAGCUGAUACGAACGUCUCCAGCCCUCUCGAGAAAACAGCGAUCUACGCACCGUUGAACAUGAUGAGAGGCCGUUUAGAUUUGAUCUGCACCACCUUUGAAUGGAAACCGAACUGA